AUGGAUCCUCCUAAGCCGUUCAUGGAAAUCGACACCCCCGAGUCUCCCAGCCCAGAGCAGCGAAAGAUCUUGGAACUCGAGCAGCGCCUGAGAGUAGCAACCCAGAAAGUGCAGGAUCUGGAGGAUGACGCAAAAGCUCACACAGAAGAGCUCGUCGUAGCCAGAAGCCAGGCUAGGAUCGACAUCGACCAGGAGGUUAUCAGACUCCAGCAAGAACUCGAGACACUAGGGGAGCACGAGGACCGCCUUAUUCGUGAGCUGGUGGCCUCAGAAUCCAAGCUCAAGGGCCUGAAGACCACAGAGCGGGAGCUGAAAAAGCGGCUCUCGCAUUUUCAUACCAUCUACUGCUUGAAGCAUGCAUACAAGGACCACCUCAAGAAGAUGAACUACAUAAAGCAGGGCGUUGCAAAGCGCCUCCAUGAAAAGUUUCUGGAGACCGAGGCCAAAUACAUGGAGGCGGCAUUCGAGCUAUACGAAUACCUCGAGGACAACGGUCUUCAAGACACGAUCCCACCGGACGUGAAGGCCUGGCUGGCCCAGUCUAAGAGGAGCAAGGGUUGA